CAUAGCUCCUACGAACUGUUCAAAUACAACACAACUUCCGUAGCUCCUUUUUUCAGACAAGGAAGACACCGCAAAUUACCCAUCCCUUAUCCAUAUUACAAUGAAGUUUGUUACGUCUGUGUUCUUCUUUCUAGCGUUAACAGCAGGCAGCUGCGACGCAUUCCAAUCCACAGCGUCAACGGGUUUCCAGACAUCUACCUCGCAGAGUAGAACCCAGCUGAACCAGGUCAAUGAAGACGCUAACAACAGCGAGAUGGACCGAAGAAAUUUCGGUCUGUCGUCUCUUGGAUGGUUGGCCACUGGAGCAGUCGCCUCGUUCACCGGAGCCGCCCCUGCCGCAAACGCCGAGGUCUUUUUCGAUCCCGCCAUGUACGGAGACCAAGAACUCCGAGUAGGAACCGUCGAUACGGUACGAGAACGUACCCGAAGAGCUAUUCUGCAGAACCCGAAACUAGCUCCUGCCUUUUAUCAGCUGGCUUUGUUGGACGGUUUGAGUUUCAAUGCCAAGGAACAAAAGUACGGGCCGAACGGUGGUGUGAUUUACGCCGUCUUGAAUAGCAACGAGAAGGGAGAAAGCGAAUACAUGGAAAACCUCAGGGGUGCCGCCAACGUCUUGAUCCAGGCCGAGAAGGACCUGAAGAAAAAGACUGCCGUUAGUAUUGCUGAUUGCGUUGCAAUUGCCGGGGCAGAAUCGAUCGAAUCGAUCGGAGGACCCGUUUUGCCGGUUCAGCUGGGACGCAUGGAGGUCGAAAAGAGCAAGGUCCAAAUAAGUCCCCUGCCCCUUGACAUCCUAAGCGGCAACAGAUCGCAAAAGGAAGUCCUCGCUGCCUUUCGAAACGCAGGUCUGACCGAGCGAGAAAUGACGGCACUCCUUUCGGGCCUCCUGACGCUUCAAUUGGUCGAAAAGAACCGAACCACUGAAGACUGGAAGGCAUCGACAAAGCCAAAGUUUGUCGAACGUGGAAAGAUGGGACGAAUGUCUGAUUACAAGCGCUUGACGGACGAAGAUAUCCAAGCCGCACUCAACGAUGAAUACGAUGAAGAUCCAGACGAUGGAUGGUACAUUGCUGAUUCCUUCGGAGGACGCGAUGAUCGAUUUGGACAGCGUCUUGCCAAGGAUACUAUCAGCGAAAAGACCUUCAACUUGUACAUGAAACAGUUGCUCAGUACCACCGGCAAGAAGCCUGUGGCCUCUGACACCAAUUAUGGAUGGAUUGGGAAGCAGAUCCUGGAUCCUGACACUCCGGUGUGCCAGGCAUGGCUCAAGAAGUAUGCCGAUUCGAACAUCUACUACAUCAAGGAUUUGUCGUCGAGUUUCAAUUCCAUCACCCAGCUCGGUGCCGUAUACACAGGAGGAAAGUACGAGAAUCUACUCAAGAAUCGACCCCGCAAGACGUUGAACAGCGACGAUCUCAACCUUUUCUAAGCAUUUGAUAACCAGAUAGGGAUAAGAAAAGAAAGACUCAAUCGGGAGUCAAUAAAAAUUUAUGGAACAC